CAACGUAAUGUAUGGAUUGGAUAUUAGCCCCAACAAUGGGGCAUGCAUAUUGAUCAGUUUGCCUUAAUGUAACAUCUGAAUUGUUGGUAUCCUACAUGUACAGAUUAGUGUUACAGUUCACUGAGCAGCAGACUGUGUUUUUGAUUGUGCUUGUGCUAUUCACGUUAUAGAGGGACCUUUAAUAUUCUCUAUUGUUUUAACCAGUCAUAGACAAUGAGGGUUUCUGUCAUCUUUCACUGGCUCUUUGUGGCAGUUGCAUUUGGGGUGCUUGUGUUCACGUAUCUCAGCUUCAGACAAACUGAAGGACAAAUUGCAGUGACAGCGAUGAAAUCAAACUACACACAGCUAUCUCGGUAUGUUCCAGACAACAGAAGUCUUGCAGAGAGAAGACAGUCUGAAAGAAUGACACUUAUAAAGGAAUACUGCAGGGAAAAUGAUCAGAGAAACAUUACCUUCCCACCAUUAAGACGUUUCGUUGUUAAUGAAAGACACAAGCUCCUGUACUGCCAAGUCUUCAAGACUGGAAGCACCACAACCUUGACAAUCUUGCACAACCUGGAGUACAACAAGCAUAGAUCAACUGUCGGAAUGAGAAAGACCUUUGACAGGCAACCAAUUAAACGUCUGAAGAACUACACAAAGGAGGAAGUUCGCUUGCGCUUUGAAAAAUACACCAAACUCCUUAUUGUGCGGGAUCCAUUAGAAAGACUGGUGUCAGCAUGGAAAGAUAAGUUUGUCGUGGCACCAGCGCGGUUUGGGUUCUGGAAAAGUUAUCAGUCUAUGUUGGAAACCAUACCCUUAAAUACAUCAAGGCCACAGGAAUCAAUGAAAAAUAGUGAAAAUGUGACAAUCCACCAGGUUCCUUUUCUGGCUUUCAUCAAAGCAGUAGGAACCAACAGGACUGAGUGGCAGGACUUACACUGGGAGCUGAUCUCAAACUUAUGUACUCCUUGUCAAAUUGACUACGAUUUCAUCGCUCAUACGGAAACCUUAGCGGAGGACUUCCCACUCUUCUUCAAAAAAGCCGGCAUCGUUGGCAUGGAUAGGCUUCUGCCAAAAACGCGUACAAGAGAAGGCAACAGACUGUUCUGGGACUUCUACAAAGAUGUGCCCAUGGAAGACUUGCACAAAAUCAAGCUGAAGUUUAAGGCAGACUAUGACAUGUUUGGCUACUCUUUUGAUGAUGAUAUCACGGAAAUGUUAAAUCAUUGAUCCAUGAAUCCAUUUAUUUAGCACUUCAUGAUU